GGUUUUGUGAAGAGCGAUGGAAAAGACUGCUAAUUACUUUGGAGCUACCCUGCUGAUAUUGCUGGCCUUGCUCGCCUCUGACUCCAGAGGAUCGAUGGCUCAAUGGAUACCUGCCUCUGCCACAUUCUAUGGAGGAAGUGACGCUUCUGGCACCAUGGGGGGAGCUUGUGGGUAUGGAAAUCUAUACAACGAUGGAUAUGGCAUCAAGAGCACGGCGCUGAGCACGGCGCUGUUCAACAGCGGCAGUUCGUGCGGUAUGUGCUUCCAGAUAGUUUGCGAUGCGAGCAGCUCACCGUGGUGCAGAAAGGGCACGUCCAUCACGGUCACAGCCACCAACUACUGCCCGCCCAAUUACAACCUGCCUAACGACAAUGGCGGGUGGUGCAACCCACCGAGGAAGCACUUCGACAUGUCUCAGCCCGCCUGGGAGACCAUCGCCAUCUACCGAGGAGGGAUAGUGCCCGUUUACUACAGGAGGGUUUCAUGCCUAAGGACUGGAGGCAUCAGGUUAACCAUCAAUGGCAGGGACUACUUUGAACUGGUUCUAGUGUCCAAUGUAGGGGGCAGUGGCGUCGUCUCCGGCAUGUGGAUCAAAGGAUCCAACACCGACUGGAUGGUGAUGAGUAGGAACUGGGGCAUGAACUGGCACAGCCUUACCUAUUUGAAUGGACAGAGCCUGUCCUUCCGGGUGCAGACAGAUGAUGGUCAGGUCAAGACCGCAUAUAAUGUGGCACCUUCCACCUGGAAGUUUGGCGACACCUACGCCACAUCAAUCCAAUUUUAACACUUGAUCUGGAGUUUCAGCGCACAGCAGCAACAGCAUGCCGCUGCGAUCUUCUUGUGUCAUUUUUCAAUCAACAAAAAAAAAAAAUCUUCUUGUCUCAUUUGUUUCCUCUUCCCUCUUUAAGGUAUCAUAUUAUCCCUUACCUAGGCUGUGGCUUAGAUAAAAGUAGCCCACCUAGCAGCAUGAUUCUGUGGAAUAAACGAUCAAAGCUCCCCUUGGUUCCAUUCUUCUGUUCGCAAGCUACUUGUAUACCUUCAAUAGAAGCUAGAGCAGUCCUGAAGUUGAUUCCAGGACCGACCAUCCUUUUCGUUAAAUUGAGGGGGGGAAAAAUACAAGAGCCAGUGGAGCCACCAUGUUUGCUGAAUAAUUACCUGAUCUGAUGUGCUUAAUAUUAGUACACUAAGGAUAAUAAACCACGAUUGGUGGAUACAA